UUUCACGUGUUUGAUCGAGGUCUGUUUUUCCCUUUAACAAAGGAGGACUAUGACUACAGCUAUGACCCUGCAACAGCUGACUCCAUUGCGGCCCCCUGCAAAGUGGAUGACAUCUAUGCCUUUGGACAGAAAUACUCCCCUAUUGUGUACAGCCUGGUGUUCAUCCUGGCUCUUUUGGGAAACGUGCUGGUACUGUGUGUGAUCAGACGCUACAGAAUCUCUCAGAGUGCUGGGGCCUGUGCCUUUUCCCUGACGGACACUUUCCUCCUCCACCUGGCCAUUUCUGACCUCCUGCUAGCCUUUACCCUCCCUCUGUUUGCAGUGCAGUGGGCUCAUCAGUGGGUUUUCGGCUUGGCUGCUUGCAAGAUCUCCGGGGCCCUCUUCUCCCUGAACCGUUACAGUGGCAUCCUCUUCCUGGCCUGCAUCAGCUUUGACCGAUACCUGGCCAUUGUCCAUGCGGUCAGCUCUGGCCGGAACCGGAACACCUGCCAUGCCCAGUUUGCAUGCGCAGUCAUCUGGGUGCUAUGUCUUGGCUUGAGUGCAGUGGACAUAGCCUUCAAAGAGGUGGUGAGGGUGGAAACUGUUGAUGGCCAAAAGGCAGAUAUGUGCAUGAUGUGGUUCAAAGAAAACCCUACUCAGUGGCAGGUGGGCUUGAAGAUGGUUAGUAUCAUUUUGGGAUUCGGGGUCCCUCUGCUGAUCAUGCUCUACUGCUACAUCCAGAUCUUCAGGUCUCUGUGCAAUGCUUCACGCCGCCAAAAGCGCAAGUCUCUCCACCUCAUCGUCUCCUUGGUGUCCGUGUUCGUCAUCUGCUGGGCGCCGUACAACUGCUUCCAGCUGGCAGACAGUCUGCAGAGGCUGGGGGUGGUGUCCGAGGACUGCCUCUUCGGCCGCGUGAUGGACAUUGGGAUUUUGAUCACAGAGAGUGUGGGACUGUCGCACUGCGCCCUGAACCCUCUGCUUUACGGCUUCAUCGGGGUGAAGUUCAGGAGGGAGCUGGUCAGGAUGUUCAAGGGCCUGCUGGGACAGAGAGGCCUGCUGGGAAUGGAGGACUGGAGGGAGAGGCGGUUUAGAAAAACAACAGCAUCCAUCAGCUCUGCAGAGAGUGAAAACACCUCAUACUCUGUCAUGUCGAACAUGGCCGUUGUUCUGGAUGGACUGUUUCGCCAAAACACCACCUAUGACUAUAAUGACAACUACGAGUAUGUAGAUGAUUCGGAAGGAAAAGGCAGUGAGGCGGUGUGGAUCCCGGUCCUGUACUCUGUGGUGACAUGUGUCGGUCUGCUGGGGAAUUUGCUGCUUCUGGUCAUUCUGUAUCUAAAGAGAUGCUCGUGGAGCAUGUCGGACACCUUCAUUCUCCACCUGGGUGUGGCAGACGUCCUCCUCCUGGUGACUCUGCCCUUCCGAGCUGCGCAGGCGACUCAGCAUUCUGGAUGGUGCUUUGGUUUUUUCUGCAAGAUCUGUGGAGCUGUUUUCUAUAUGAACUUCUACUGUGGGAUCUUUCUGCUGGUUUGCAUCACCCUGGAUCACUGCUGGUCCAGCAUCCGUCAUGUCCAGCUGUACUCUCACAGGACGCCCAGUGUAGCGAGUGUCUUCUGCUUUACGGUGUGGGUCGUCUCUCUGCUCCUCACCAUACCUGACUGGAUUUUCCUCGGGCCCAAGAUGGAACGUGGGGAAACGCAAUGCGUCCACAGCUACCCAGAGUCUAAAUUUGGCAGGUUUCUGUCUCUCCGCGUGCUCCACCACGCAGUCGGCUUUUUGCUCCCUACAGUUAUCCUGAUGACCUGCUGUUCCUGUCUCCUCGUACGGCUGCAGCCCUUCUCUAACGGCGCCCGGAGGAAGCGUCCUGCUAUGCUCAUCAUCCCGUGUGUGGCGGUAUUUCUCCUCUGCUGGAUGCCGUACAACAUUACUCUCUUUGUGGACACCCUCAGUUACGGUUCCAAAUCAUCUGGCUCUUUGAAAGCAGCUCUCAGGGUGACCUCAGCUCUUGGCUCUGCUCACGCCUGUCUCAGGCCUCUGCUGUAUCUGUUCCUUUGUGGAAACUUCAGGAAACAAACGCUGAGCCUGCUCAGAUGUGCAGCCGUUGAAUUCAAGAGUUCUUUGUGGGAUCUGGGCGUGGGCAAGGAAGCCCCACAGGACCGGGUUCAGAGAGUUGAGGAGCUUCAGCAUAUGACAAGUUCAAAGUUUCAGGACCAGUCAACUCAGGCAUGAGGAAGGGCCAGAAAAAAAACCUAUUGCUCAAGAGUCACUUGAAUGAUACUCCUCCCAUGGGGGGAAUUUAAUGUGAACUCGUGUUAUGGGUUUCACCAGCGGGGGACUACAAACAGUGUGAUGACAAGAAAAGGAAGAUAACUGACUCAAAGUCACCCUUCAAUGUGACAUUGUGAGCAACUGUGUGGUAACAUUCACUCUUGUCUUUGUAAUCAGUGUUGCACAACUUAAGCUUGUAACCUAUCACGACAUAUAGUUAUAUUUUUUUACCUUAAUAUUAUUCUCUCGCUAGCAUUUCUGAAAUGAGGAUAGUAUUUAUACAAAGGGAAGAGCUAGUGCCAGAGGGUUUGGAAGUAGAUGGAAUUUAAUAGGUUAUUUUAACUGCCGUUAGUUUAUUUUUGCAAUAAACAAUCAGACUCACUUUACAACGUCAUUGCUGAUAACGUACCAUAAACUUUCAUUUUUCAAUUCACGUGCAGGCUUGUUUAAAAGCAGUGUGGAUCCCAGGAUUGUAGCUUGUGCGUGUCCAUGUUUGAGCCAGAUAUAAGGAGGUGGGGUUUCUUUUGUCUCUCUGGCUCAGUGUUGUAUUUCUGUGAGUUAAGUGGAAGACACAGGGUGAUACAAACAGGUUGUGAUGUCACCAGUCAGGUGACAGAACCAGACGGAGGAGGAGGCAGAUGCAAAACAAGCCGUCUGUUGGUUUCCGCCUGCCUUGUGGCAGAGGUUAACUCUUCUCUAAAUAGCUGUCUUUGUUUGUUUGGAGUGAAUGGUGGCGAACUUUAUAUGUGAGUGUAUGACUGGAAAAUGAAGUAGGUGGCAAACAAGGGAAAUUCAGAAGAGAGAGAAUCUUACUCAUGGGAUCAAAGCACAUGUGCUCAGCAAUGAGAAAUUGCUGUGUUUAUUUUUAAUCUCUAAGCCUUGUUUUAAGUCUCAAUAGAUGUUAAUGUUAAUACAUGAGUAAACUCAAAUAACAGCAUGUUCACAGUUCAUUACAUUCAUUUGGAAACUUUGUGUACUUUCACAUUCUGAAAACAAUUUCCCUAAAUGUCUUCCUUCUUCUUUCUGCUACUGUACUUUUUAUGUAAAGUUGACACUUUAGAAAGAAUGUUGCCUGACUUUAACAGCUGUCUCCCUUCAUUUUUAUACAACAUAGCAGGUUAUGAUUAGUCUUCAACAUUGCAUCAAGUUGAGAUGUCACUUCCUGCCUCAGCUUAAGCUUUUCUGUGAAGUGAGGCAGAGACAUGCAGCUAAUCACGUAAAACCGGUCAUGUAAAGUUCAUUCAUACCAUGGAAAGUACUAAAUCAAUAUUUAAGAGAAGGGAAAAACUUGUGACACCACGUUUAAAAACCAGACUGCUGAGCAAAGAAAGCUGAUAAAGCUGGAAUAGAGCUAGAUGACAUCUUGAUCCUUCUGCCGAGAAAAAGAGAUUUACAAAUUCCUUUAGCAGUUCCCCCCAAACUGAGAGGUCAAACUGAGUAACCCUGGUCACUAAAGAGGGGAAAAAUCUUGGAGAGUUCUGGUUUCUAUCAAGUGUCAUUAUAUGAAAUAUCCAUCAAAAAUGCUAAUUUAGAUGUAGUCCACCUUUAACUAUAAACUGCAGUUAUAAACAAGCUGAGUUUCCAGACAUUGGUAAAGCAAAUAUAUUUGACUGUUGACAGCAGUAUCUGGUAGUACAGGUUUAUGUUGCUCUUGUUUGUAAUCCAGUACAAGAAAUAGUUUUAGGCUUUGUUUCUAGUCUUAACUAGAAACAAACAACCAGGAAGAAAUUCUGUGGGUAAAAUGGACAAAAAUGGAGGGAGCUCUUUUUCACAUGUAACAUCUGUUUUUAUGAGUUUAUGUAGUAGUGUUUUUAAAUGUACGUGUUGCAGUUGUAAUGGUAUUAACACCGUUAGCAGUGUAACCAAGACUGAAACCCUCUUACAAACGUUCAGAGAUUUGGUUAUUUGCAUCAAACCCCUCAAUGUAAACUUUUUUUUGUGUAGGUUGUGGCUAUGUCUCUCAAAAAAUGGCUCAGAUAUGACUCACCUGCAAAUGGAAAAUAGACGACUCACGUUAAAGAACAUUCCUGAAAAAUACUCAAAUCCUUGUGCAACAAAUCAGUUGCAGCAAAAUGGGGAAAAAAGUAUUACAACCCUGUUUUUUUUACUAUUUUUAGUUUUUUUUCUUAAAAUUUUUUGGGGGGAAAUCCAUAACAUUUAUUAGACACCAAACUGCUAAAUGCCGCAUUGUUUUGUUUGUUUUGUUUCUGUUUGCCUUUAGUUUUGUUGAAAAAGUCUAAAAGGAGGCAAAAGAUUAGCUCCACAGCAGUUACACUAAACAUGCAGCUUUUAAUGCUCUUAUUCAUUCAGUCGCUCAUAAACUGCAGGUAAUAUACAAACACAACCAAAGCGGUAAAUGAGGCUGUAAAGAGGCUGUCAUGUGAUUGAUUUUCUCUUUUGAUCUGUCAUAUUUGACUGUUCAGAUGUAAGCUGUGGUUUAGGAUGUUCUUUGAUUCAGUUGCAUUU